CGGGACCCGCGGGCUCCGCUCCGCUCCGCACCGGCGGCGGCGGAGACGGGGAGGACCCCGGACUCGGACCCGGCGUCCCGGUCCAUUUUGGCUCGGCCCCCAUGGAAGGGACCUUGGAGCCCCAGACGCCUGACCUGCGGGACGUGGAGGGCAAGGUGGGCAGGAAGACCCCGGAGGGGCUGCUCCGCGGGCUGCGGGGCGAAUGCGAGCCGGGGCCCCGCGGCUCCCCGCCGCCCUCGGGGGCGCCGGGCCCCGACACCGGCCUGGGCGACAAGAUCACGGCCCUGAGGAUGGAGCUGGCUUACCUGCGAGUCAUCGAUGUGAAAAUCCUGCAGCAGCUGGUGACGUUGAAUGAGGGUAUCGAGGCCGUGCGCUGGCUGUUGGAGGAGCGGGGGAUGUUGACCAGCCAUUGCAGUAGCCUCACCAGCAGCCAGUAUAGCCUGACAGGCGGGAGCCCAGGCCGCUCAAGGCGAGGCAGCUGGGACAGCCUGCCAGACACCAGUUCCACUGACCAGCUGGACAGUGUCUCUAUUGGCAGCUUCUUGGACACCGUGGCCCCCAGAGAGCUGGAUGAACAAGGUCCCCCUGGGGCUCCCUGUCCUGAGAUGGACUGGGCAAAGGUCAUACCCGGUGAAGAGAGGGCCAGGACUGAGGUGGACCUGACAGCCACCAAACUAGGGAGCUUGAGGGCUGUGUGGAAGCCCUCAGGGGAGGGGUUCGCAGGUGGACCACUGGAACCACCAGAGGAUGAUUGCACUGAUCUGGGUUUUGAGGCCCACUGGUACUGGGGACAGGGCCAGGAUGAUGUGACCUUCUUAUAACAACUUUAUCCUCAUCUGUCAUCCCUAGGCCUUGGUCUUCCACAAAAAUGUCCUUUAAUGUGGGAUGAAGAUAGGUUGCCCUGUGAUCGAUUACCAUGGGAAUUCUACCAUUUCUUUGGUCCCUAGGGAGUCUCGGCCUUUAUCUCUUAAUCAUUGAAUACCCAGAACGAUUUCCAUAGAGACACUGAGGCUUAACCUGUGGCUCUUGGUGGGAGGGUAUCUCCACACCCCUCUCCCAAGGAGGUAAGGAUUUAAGGAAUUUAGGACCCCCCCCAGGGUAUUGCCAAUGAAGAAAUGAGGGUGAAUGAUCACCACAUUCAAAGCCCAGGAGGAGCCUUGGCUUCCUCCUAACCAAGAUGGAGGAUUGAAGAGGGACUUGGCAUUCAGGACAACUUCCAUGGAUUGGAACUCCUUUAAAGUCUUUGGAGUUGUAGGCCCAUACCUUCCUAGUCACCGAGUGAUGUCAUUUCCUGCCAGGAUGGACUACUGCUUCCUCAAUUGGGUAUCUGGAUGGGAUAUGAUAGGUCAGUUAUAGAGGGGUGUGAGUUCCUGCCAAGACCACAUCACCCAAAGUCUGUACCAUUACUUCUUGUGAAGUAUCACCCCUCUUGGCAGAUUAGUUCCAUACUGGAAGGUUUCCGUGCUGCUUUGCAGCACAUUCUUACUUUUUAAAGAGUGUUCCUAUUUUUCCCGGGUCUUGCUUCCUUAUCCUCGUGUUUUUAGGAAGUGAAACUGUCAGAGGCUUCCAAGUUUCUUUUUUUUUUGGG